AUGAAUUUUUCCAACGUGACCUUUCCAGAUUUCGACGAUGAUGAUUACAAGAACUGGGAUUUUCUCCCGAUUAUCCAGAUUGUUACGUCGGUCGCGGCGUUCUUCUUCAACGCCGCGGUGUUAUGUUGCUAUACGUUGUACCGGCGUCUACGGACACCGUUUUCCAUUUAUUUGAUGGCGUUGUGCGUGGCGAACCUGGCGCACACCAUCUUCGCGUCGCCCAUUGAUAUUCUCAAGAUGGUUCAUCCGACUUAUGUUCUCGGUCCACGCACGUGUAAUUUUUACGUUUAUGCAGCGUACAACACCGCCGGUACGACGCUGAACCUGCAUCUGUUGAUUUCGCUGAACCGCAUCUGGGCGAUGGCGCAUCCGUUCUCCUACCGGACUAAACACACUACGCGGAUUGCGGCGGCAGCGUGUCUGACCGUGACGGCGUAUGUGCAUUUGAUCUGUGUGCCGGGGAUUGUGCAGGAUUCGUUGUAUUAUCGGAUACCCGGCACGUGCUUCAUUAAUGGCACGGCACAACCGAGAUGGACGGUGUUCAUGCAGAUUGUGAUAUUCUCCCUGCCGAUCAUCUGCAUUGCCAUAUUCUACCCGUUCAUCACCUGGAAGCACUGCCAGCGCGGCAAACUGCACCCCCACGAGCGCACCGAAGUGCACAGCGUCGACCAUGCCCAGCGCCGCACCACCAUCCUCCCACGCAGCGCCGUGCUGAGCGUGGCGCCGGUACCGGUCCUGCAGCAGCAGCAAUCCCGGCGGGAAUCCAUGUCCCGAGCCUUCGUGGUGCUGACCCUCUUGACCAUCAGCCUGAUCAUCUGCGAGGCGCCCAUCAACACCUUCUUCCUCAUUAUGACGGUGGCGCCCCAAGCCCUUCCUAUGUUAGAGACGGUGGGCGUGGUCCUGUACUCCCUGCAGCCGGCCAUGGAUCCGCUGCUGUUUAUCGUGUCGUUUCGGGAUCUGCGCCGGCAGCUGUUCCGGAUGCUGCUUUGUCGAUAA